AUUUAGAUGCUCAGUACUCACUAACCCGGGCUCAGCGUGUCAGGGCUGCCAUGUUCCCAGAGACCCUGGUGGAAGGGGAGGCGGCUAUACCCGUCCAGUCAGAUCCUACACAGCAGAGCAACGUGCAGCGACUGGCUGAACCCUCCCAGCUGCUGAAGACUGCUAUCGUCCACCUGAUAAACUACCAGGACGACGCUGAGCUGGCCACCAGGGCGGUGCCAGAGCUCACCAAGCUUCUGGCAGAUGAAGAUCCGGUUGUGGUGAACAAGGCGGCCAUGAUAGUCAACCAACUGACCCGUAAGGAGGCCAGUCGCCGGGUGCUAGUGCAGUCCCCGGCCAUGGUGGGUGCUGUGGUGCGUGCCAUGACGACAGCAGUUGACAUGGAGACAGCCCGUUGCGCUGCCAGCGUGCUCCACAGCCUGUCCCAUCAGAGGGAGGGACUACUGGCCAUAUUCAAGUCUGGAGGGAUACCAGCACUAGUCCGCAUGCUAAGUACACCCGUGGAAUCAGUCUUAUUUUACGCCAUCACCACACUACACAACCUGCUACUGCACCAGGAGGGAGCCAAGAUGGCGGUGCGUCUUGCUGACGGCCUGCAGAGGAUGGUCCCCUUACUGAAAAAGAGUAACCCCAAGUUCCUUGCCAUCACCACUGACUGUCUGCAGCUCCUGUCCUAUGGCAACCAGGAGAGCAAGUUGAUCAUCCUAGCCAAUGGGGGCCCAGAGGGUCUGGUGUUCAUCAUGAGGAACUACAACUAUGAAAAGCUACUGUGGACCACCAGCCGUGUUCUGAAAGUAUUGUCUGUCUGUCCCAGCAACAAGCCAGCGAUAGUAGAGGCUGGUGGUAUGCAGGCUUUAGGCCAACAUCUUACAGGUUCCAGUCAGCGUCUGAUCCAGAACUGUCUGUGGACACUCCGCAAUCUGUCAGAUGCUGCAACCAAACAGG